AUGGGUUCUACUUCUCGUCACGGUGCUUCACAGAAAGAGCUUGAAGAUGGACUAAGGGCUGCUGGGAACAAGCUUCUGAAAUCACCUUCCUCCACUGAUGAGCUACUCACCCUGCUUGAGAAAGCAGAGAACCUUUUACCCAAUGUAUGUCAACAGCCUCCCACUUCAACAGGGAGGGCACUUCUACCAUUGAUGACGGCACUGGUUGCUGAUGAACUCUCACAGCAUCCUGAUGCAAAUGUCCAAGUUGCAGUUGCGUCUUGUAUUAAUGAGCUCACUAGAAUAUCUGCUCCAGAAUUCCCUUAUAGUGAUGAUCACAUGGAGGGAAUUUUUGGAUUGUUUAUGGUUGCAUUUGAGAAAUUGUCCUGUGACUCUGGUCGUACUUAUGAGAGAGCCCUGCAAAUUCUUCAAACCGUGGCCAGUGUGAGGUCAUGCCUGAUGAUGGUUGACAUAGAGUGUGAUGCACUAAUUGGUGAGAUGUUCCAACUGUUUUUCAAGACCAUUAGGUCCAAUCACCCCCCUAGUGUUUUCACACACAUGGAAACUAUCAUGACUUUGGUGAUACAAGAAAGCGAUGAAAUCUCAUUUCAGCUUCUGAGUCCCCUUUUAGUCAGUGUAACAAUGAAAAAUAAGAAUGUUUCUCCCAUUUCCUGGGAGUUGGGAGAAAAGGUCUUCAGAAACUGCUCCGGCAAACUAAAACAUUAUCUAAAAAAAGCAGUGGAGUCGAUGAACCUGGAUAUUGAUGACUAUGCUGAAAUAGUUACUUCUAUUUGCCGGGAUACAUCCAGAUCCAGUAGGAGAAACACGGUGGCAAAAGAGGUUGUUCUGUUUGAUGAGGAGAUAUCCAAUUCUGAGCCUGAAGAUAUCACUCCUGAAAGGAAGACUGCCAAUGGAAAUCUUUCAGAUGAUGAAAAUUCGCAGGGGACUUUAAAGAGCUGUCAGCAGGAGCUUAAAAAUACUGACAUUACAGAAAUACAACAAGAAGAAAGGGACACAGGAGCGGUUCAAAAGAAAAGGGGUAGAAAACCUAAUUCAUUGAUGAAACCGGAGGAGGGUUAUGAUCAUGCUUGGAUAAGUAGAUGCAAGGAUUUCUUUGAAGUACACCGUAAUGGUAAGAAUCAAGAAAAAGACAGUUCACCUAGAAGUUCAUCGUCAAAAGAGUUAGCUUCGUCGACUAAAUCUAGAAAGGGGAAAUCACCCGAUUUUUUCCGCAAAAAGGGACCUCAGAGUAAGAAAAUGGCAACUUAUGUAUCCGAAGAUCAUUUAUCAAAUGACGGAUCUUCUCGUAGAAGGGGUUGGCCAAAGAAGAAAGAGAGCAUAACAGUGAAGGAGGAAGAAGAGAUCCUUAGUGACACUGGUGGAAAAGAUGAGUUGUCACUCCAAGGAUUUGACGGGAGCAAACAAAUCAGAAAUGAUAUUAUUGGUGGGAAACAUAAAUCUGAAAAGAUUGGAGACAAGGUGGUUGUUUCUUCCUCCACAUCAAAUCCAACAAAAGCCAAACGCAAGAAGAAUUUGGCGCCAGAUGAGGAAAAGAAGUCUAGUAGCACCCAAAUUGUUAAAAGUUAUGGUGAGGAGUUGGUUGGCACAAAGAUACAGGUUUGGUGGCCAAUGGACAAAACGUUUUACCCAGGCAUUGUUAAUUCUUUUGAUCCUUUCAAAAAGAAGCACAAGGUUAUAUAUGAAGAUAAGUGGGAAGAAAUCUUGAAUCUGAGUAAACAAAGAUGGGAACUGGUUGACAUGUGCCCUCAACUGAAGGAAGAAGCCCAUCUUCCAUCUUCUGCUACUGUGCCUGUCAAGAACGAAAAAAAGAAGACUGAAAAACGGAAGGCAGGAUCAUCAACAGUGCAAGAACAUGGAGCCUCCUUGUCUAAAAGAUCCAAAAAUAAGCCUUGUAAACCCAGUAAAUCUGUGGAUAAUUCUAUAGCAAACGUCAUUUGCAUUGAGGAUGAUCCAGGGGAUGAGUCGCUGGAAACAAAUGUCUCACCAAACGACGAUCCUGUUGGAGCAAAACUUGAUGUCAAGCCAGAGGCAGAAGCAUCGAUGAGUGACAGAGAACCUGACAAGAAUUAA